AUGUAAACCUUGCAUCAAAAAAGUCUCACAGAAUCUCAAAUAAUUAAUAACAAUGCUUCUUUUUCAAUACACUAAACUCUUCGAAAAUUUAAUCCUUCUAAAUUUCUCAACAACCUUGAAUAACUUGAUGAUAUUCAAACUAUUUAAUAAACACAUCAACAUAAUGAAAAUACUCAAUAAAUAUAACCUUAAACAGAGCCCUUCCAUUCUAGAUUUCCAAAGAUUGAAUCCAAUCUCAGUUAAAACAUUUCUAAACCUUUAAACUUAAUGCCUUUGUCUAAGCAUAAUUAACUUAAAUCUCAACUUGCAAAUAUUUUUUCUAAGAAUCAUGAAAAAAGUGAUAAUCAUAUCAUAUUACCAGGGCUACAUAAAAAAAGAAAAGAAUCUUAAUUGUUAAUAUAAAUGAUUGAGUAGUAGAUUAGUUUUCCAAAUUAGGAUACGUAAACUUCAAGAACCAAAAGAUUCUAAAGAAAAAGAGAUUAAUUAACUGAAAUUUAAACAAACCUCGAUAAUCAAAAUAACCUUCUAAAAGAAAAUUCUUAAUUGGAUGUCUCAAAUAAUAAUCAUAAAAAAGUAGACUUUCAUAAAAGAGUUAAAGUCAUAAACUUAGAAAAUGGUAGAAUAGCAACUGAAGUAAUUAAAGAAGAAGAUGAGUAGAAAUCUCCAAAUAAGUCAAAACGAAAAUUUGUUUCUUAAAAGACUAAGUUUUAUUAAGUUGAUACGAAUCCAUGA